AUGCGACAUCCGGUGCUGUCAAAGGAGUGCAGCGGUCGCUUGCUUUGGGAACGACCCGAUCUGCUGCGACAAGUCAGCACCUCGACGGUGUGGAGACAUUCCAUGAAGGCGCCACUGUGCGGCAUCAAGUUGGAUGGCCAGCCUUGCUGCGCAUCACCAGCCAGCACGACUUGCUGUUCCAACCCCGGAACAACCUGCUGGCACAGUCCGACCACGUGGCUACUCCGUGCCGAUCCGUUUCAUGAACGACGUCGCUGCUGCCUCCAUGGCAAUGUGGAGGACCAUUGUGUGCCCAUCGAGGAGUGCACCUUCUCCGAAACCGUUUUUUGGAUUGCAAGCGGCGCUUUCACAACGACGACGAUGAUCGUUGGUUACAAACUGGCACAAUGGUUGGAGGAGCCUGGACGAAGCCAAUGCUGCAAGAAAGGCUGUUGUAUUGCGCAGGUAGCUUUCUGGUCGUUUGUGCUGUGGGUCUUAUACAUGGCGUUGCCUUUGAGUCUUCUUGGCGGGCCCCACCAGAAAGCGCCACAGAUGUUUGUCAGCUUCCUGACAGUACUUCUUCUUUGCUUACUUGUCAGUGUUCGGGGCUGCGUUCAGCGCAGACGACGCAGGCAGCGCUCAGAGCAGAUAGAGCGACGACGCGGCACUCUGUCUAGAGAUGCUGAUGGCCACGACCGUAUAGCUGUGCUCAUCAACAACCAGGACUACCAGUUCUACGAGCCGGUCUUCGACCGAAGCAUGGACUUCUUGGAGGAGCUCCUGAGCAGCCGCUGGAAGGUGGUGUCAGUUGCCAACCUCAAGGCCGCGGCCGUGGAGAAUUCCAUUGUCGAUCAGGUGGCGGCAAAGAUCUCGCGCCAGAGCGAGAGGCCGGCGACAGUGUGGCUCUACAUUUCCGCACAUGCUCAGACCUUCUUUGGCAUCCCACAGUUCCUCCCCACAGAUGCGUGGUACUGGGGAGACGGGAUAUCCAUUCACUGGUUGAUCCACAAGCUGUGCCAAGUUAGUCGAAACAUCGAAUGCAUCCAUGUCAUUGUGAAUGGCUGCAUGGUCGAUUGCAUGGCACACGCCACCACUUUCGAUUGGGUUCGCUGGUGUUGCGUCGAAUGUUGCCGACGCAUUGAGCAGCGAGCAAGGAAGAUGCGAUACACAUACGAUGGCUGCAGGGACCAGGUGCAAAUCUUUGUAAACAACCACUUCAUUCCUAGAUCCGAGAUGCAGUUGACCAUGCUUUUUGCUUGUGCGCCGGGCCGGAGCGUACCUGGAGGCUCCGAAGAAGGAGAUCUGAUGACGCAGAAGGUAAUCAACGAGCUUCUGAAGGACCCAAAGGCAUCUCCGGCCGACUUCUACAAUGCCCUGCACACGAACCUCUGGCAAACAACCCGUCCAGAGGGCGGCCCUUUACAUCCGUUUUUGCUGACCACUGGCCAGUUGGCACGGUCUUCUGACACCCUUCUGAGUGAAGUAUCGACUGCUGCUUCGACGUCGCAGGUGCCUCCGACCACUCAUCGAGAUUGA